AUUUUAUUAUCAACGCCGUUUCCCAACCAAGCCCCGAACUGAGUCGCCGAUUCAAAGUUCACUUUCGAAGUUGUUUUUCCCGAAACCAAUCUGCAAACUUUUUUUUAUAAAUAAUGGCAUCCACGUCUUAUUUCGCUCGUCUUCUUAUAGGAAAAAGUGUUAUCAAUGCCCGCCAUACAGUAGGAACUAACACCAAAUUUGUGAAAUUUUAUAGUGCUGCACCCACAUAUGAAAACAUUAAGAUAGACGUUGUUGGCACCAAGAAGAAUGUGGGACUCAUCCAGCUGAACCGGCCCAAGGCUCUGAACGCGCUCUGCAAACCUCUCUUCGUGGAACUGGGUAAAGCUGUCGUGGACUUUGACAAAGAUGACAGUAUUGCAGCGAUUGUCAUCACUGGUAACGAGAAAGCGUUCGCGGCCGGCGCCGACAUCAAGGAGAUGCAGAACAACACAUACAGCUCCAACCAGAGGCAGGGCUUCCUCAGGGAGUGGGAGGACGUCAGUAACUGCGGGAAACCUGUCAUCGCGGCGGUGAAUGGGUUCGCGCUCGGCGGUGGUUGCGAAUUGGCUAUGCUUUGCGACAUCAUCUACGCGGGAGAUAAGGCGAAGUUCGGUCAGCCCGAGAUCAACAUUGGCACCAUUCCUGGAGCUGGUGGCACCCAGAGACUGCCCAGAUACGUUGGCAAGUCUAAAGCCAUGGAGAUCGUCCUGACUGGUAACUUCGUUGAUGCUCAUGAAGCGGAGAAAAUGGGGCUAGUCAGCAAAGUGUUCCCAGCGGAGAAGCUUCUAGAAGAGACAAUCAAACUAGCUGAAAGGAUCGGCACGCACUCUCCCCUGAUCGUCAAGAUGGCGAAGCAGGCCGUCAACCAGGCGUACGAGACCACACUGAAGUCGGGGCUGCAGUUUGAGAAGUCCAUCUUCUAUGGAACUUUUGCUACGGAGGAUCGCAAAGAAGGUAUGACUGCGUUCAUUGAGAAGAGACCCCCUAACUUCAAGAACGAAUAAUGUAUCUAUUGUCCAAUCAAAUCAAACUGUACUGAAUUUAUAUUGAACUUAGAUAAGGAAAAGUGCAAUCAGAAUUUAUUCCACUUUUAUAAUUGUUUAAAAACGUUUACAAGUUAUACUUAUUAAAAUGUUUAUUUUUUUCUUUAA